UUUGUAAAUAUCUGCAGGUAUGUCUUUUGAUCCUCGGGCUCUCCGGAACUUUGUCAGCACAAGGGGAGACGCUCAUCCACAGGGGCAGCCCCCGAGGAAGAAAAGCAAGAAGAGGCCUCGAGGGGCUCCUGAGGGUGCGAGGGGGCCUGGCGAAACUUCUCGAGCACAUCCACAAGUCUCGACCCCUCUGCAACCGAACCUCAGAUCUCCCACUCCUCGGGUCGUCACUCCUCGGCCUCCUUCUGAAGUGGUUGACCUUGAGGAUGACCCGUCUCUUACCGGGGACUUUGAGACUUGCCGCCUCGCUCCUGAGCUCGUAAACAAAUACAAAGAGGAGGUCAAGCUCGAGGAUGGGAUGAAGGUCCUCGAGGGUCUUACAGUGAAGAUGUUGAGUAUAGCUCGAGGACUCUCUCUACAAGGGCUCGAGGAGGCCAAGAGGGCAGCUGGGGUCGAGACGUCCAUGGCCUCUAAGGACAACAGGAUUCAAGACCUCGAGGCACAGGUCGAGGUUUUAUUGAAGGAGCGUGAUGACGCGAGGAGGGAGGCUGCAAAGGCCAGGGAUGACCUGGUUAUAGCAAAGGAUGAGGUCGAGGGCGCGAGGCUCGAGCUCAUCCAGAAGACAGAGGAUUUCGGGCGCGAGCUCGCGGCUGUCAGGGAGAGGGCUUGGGAGGAGUUUAAAACCUCCGAGGACUGCGACAAGAUAAAAGGGGAGUAUGCGUCGGGGGCGUACUUCCAUGCUCUGAAAGAAGCCCGGGCCUUCCUCCUUCAGAAGUUGCCCAACGUCACUCCAGACGACCUGAAGACAGUGCCUUCCAUUGCUGAUACAUUGGAGCUCUUGAGUUCGGAAGAUGGAGGAGGAUCGGGUGGAGAUGAUGAGGAUGGUCUUGAGGACGACGUUAAGAUCGACAUCAGCAACCUCGACCCUCCUCUUGGCCACAUUGGAUGA